GACUACCCCUUGAAUGUGUGCGUCCCCCCGGCUGGCACAGCCGAACCCUUUGUGACUCGGACUGCAUAGUGAAGUCUGUCCCAAUCAAGGGAGAAGAACCCCUGAUAGUCGAUGCUCCGCAGACACGUGUAAAGCAGUCUUGGUGGUAUGGAUGGACGGCGGUCUUGGAGAAGAGUACUUCCUGUGUUUUUCCCCGAAGAAGGGUCCCCCAGGCCAGAGUCUAAGGCUUCAGUACUGGCAGAUGCAGCCCAGAGGUCUUGGUCCGAGAGGCUGGAGCAGCUCCGCCUGCGAGGGCAGCAGGCGGACGGCCUGUCCCAGGGAGUAGGGGCGUCCAGUGUCUUGUGGGCUGGGUGGGUAAGAACCAGCACCUGGCCUGAGCCUCUCUCGGGGGGUGGUUGGCAGCUGUGGUGGAAAGGUGCGGAUGUGUUUUCCAGUGGCUCCAGUGCUCGCGGGGGAGCUGGCCCAGAAGGACCCCCGGGGUGUGGGGGAGGGGCCCUGGGGAGCAGAGAACCGGCUUCAUGGGUGUCGUGUGGACAGCGCACCCUAGGGAGCCCACUCCUGUCAUCGACCUUGUAGGAACAUGCUGGAGGCUGGUACAGCUGGCAGUGUCCACACAGCAGCCAGUCGGCACAUUGCCAGCAGCACUCCGCCGGCAUGCUGUCAGGAUGCAGGUGACACAAGGAAGCAACUGCCCAGCUUGUGAGGAGGGGUUUGGCAGCUUGGCAGGAGGCUCCUGGGUGGCCUUUCCUGAGCCGGAGCUGGGCGCAGGUCACGCCUAGGGUUCCAGCUGGGCGGGGCGCAAAGGGGUCUUCACUGUGGCCCUCCUCAGGAUGCAGGCAUCAGGAGCUGGCUUACCGUCAGACACACGAGGGAGCUGCGGCGGGUUCACCAGGGUUCGCCAGAACUGGCCGCUCUUGUCCCUGGAGGUGACCUCUGCCUGAGCUAGGAGGGAAGACGGGUGUCCUGGGUGGAUGCUCCUUACAUCUUCCCUGUCCAGCUUGUCUCUGGGGCGGUGACCAUGGAUGUGGCCCGGGGCUGAGAUCUCCUGCCUGGCUGCCUGCAUCAUUCCCCGUGCACAUCUGGAAAUUGGGGAGGGUCUGGAGGGUUCUUCUCGCUUGCCCUGGGACUACUGUGCCCCACCUUCCUUGAGGCUGGACUGCAAGCAGUGGCUCCUUUGGGAGCCAGCCAUGGCUCUGACUGUUCUCAGCUUCGGUCCACACCAGCCGAAGGGUGGCUGGCAGCAGGGUCCCCCACCGUGCCUGUGGGGCCUGUCGACUUGACCUGGCCCCAGCCGUCCUGCUGCCCCACAUCUGGAGGUAGUUAAGGAAGGACCUCAAGUCUCCCUGGGGACCUGCCCACUGUCACUCAGGUCCAACUGGAAGGAAAUGUGCUUGUUCUCCUGGGGCCGAUGGCUGUGGAGUGAAUGGGCUCAUCUGGCAGUGCACAGCCACCUGGGGGCUCGCUCUUGCACUGCCCUCCCAGGGGAUGGGCCUGGGAACUCCCUUUACCUUGCUGGCUCAGGACUGUGGGAUGCCAGCUGGGGGAGGGCAGCCCCUCAGGCAGUGAGGGGUGGCCCUAUGCCCCAUAAGAGGAGGGGGCAGGGCUCUGGGGCAGCCUCGGCCACCUGCCACGCCUUUGCUCGAGGUCAGCCAGCCCCUCCCCUGCUGGCCAUGCUCACCCCAGUGGAGGAGCAGAACCCGUGAUCACCAAGGCUGGGACAAAGCUGGGGGCCCCAGGGGGUCAUCUGUCCUGCUUCCUGGUGCCAGCAGGACCCUGGGGCUGGGGCACCUGGGGCAGGGCCGGAAGAACCUGGGAGAGCUGAGUGAGGUGGUCCUAGGAAGGGGCUGAGGGGGCUGUGAACUCCUGAUGGCAUGUGUGCCCCCCACGGCGCGGGGGGUGCUCCCUGGCCACUACCCUGGAAGGGCUGCCUGCGAGAUGCCGGGCAGGGCGGGGCGGGGCGAAUCUGCAUAGCGGUUCCCAGGUUCCCCCCAGGGAAGGCCAGCCUGGGGCUGUUUCCUAGGACCUGGGGGGGCCUGGGGAGGCACAGCCUCUCGGACAGCGGCACCGGCUCCUCAGUAGAAGCGCGGCGGCGCGUGGUCAGUGGGUUCCCGCCCCGUGCACGCCCCCUAUGGCCUGGGCGCCCGGCGGACGGUCCUCCGCGUGCGAGCCCUCCCCCUUGGACCCCGCGGCUCUGGGGAAGGGGAGGGUUUAUCUGGCGGCGGCGCAGGCGGCGAGGGCACUGCGCGCGGGGAGCCGGCGAGCCUGCGGAGACAGAGUGCAUCCUGCCCGCCCGUGGUGCCGUCGCCCCGCUCGCCCGCGUGGAGAUGCACCAGCCAGGCGCCCCCCGGGGCUGCGUCCCCGCAUGGGGGCCCUGAGUGCCGGCUGUGCCGCCGCCCCCAUGAGCGUGCCCGGGCGCCCCCGCUCACAGCGCUGAGCCGCCGAGGUCCGGAGCCGUGAGUCGCCAUGCGCUGGGCUUGGGCCAUGGCUGUGGCUCUCCUCUGGCCGCAGCUCGCGCUCCUCGGGGACGUCAGGGCCCAGCGGGAGCCCAAGAGGCCGCGGCAGCUGGGUCAGCGCACCGAGCCCCCCAACGCCACCGUGUCCAACAGCGAGGGGCUGCCGGCCUCCCCCAAGCCGCCUGAGGCCUUGGGGCCUGAGUUCUCAGAUGCCCACAUGACAUGGCUGAACUUUGUCCGGCGGCCGGAUGAUGGGGCCUCGAAGAAACGGUGCCGAGGCCAGAGCAAAAAGUCGGUGAGCGCCGGGGUCUGUGCCCAGGGAGGGGUGGCUGUGGCUGCUCGGGGAUUCUCACUUUCUCCUGCCUCCCCCCAGCGAGGCCUCUCUGGCCCUCCAGGGCCUCCUGGGCCCCCCGGCCCCCCAGGCCCCCCUGGUGUGGAAGUCACCCAGGAGGCCCUGCUGAGGGAGUUUCAGGAGAUGCUGAAAGAGGCCACCGAGCGUCGGUUCUCAGGGCUGCUGGGCCCGUUGCUGCCUGAGGGGACAGGCAGGCGGCUGGUGGCUGAGGCCUUCCACUGCCGGCUGAAGGGCCCUGUGCUGGUGGACAAGAAGACUCUGGUGGAGCUACACGGCUUCCAGGCUCCCACAGCCCAGGGCGCCUUCCUGCGGGGGUCUGGCCUGAGCCUGGCCUCGGGCCGGUUCACAGCCCCGGUGAGCGCCAUCUUCCAGUUCUCCGCCAGCCUGCACGUGGACCACAGGGAGCUGCAGGGCAGGGCUCGGCUGCGGGUCCGGGACACCGUGCGGGUGCUCAUCUGCAUCGAGUCCCUGUGCCAUCGCCACACGUCCCUGGAGGCCGUCUCGGGCCUGGAGAGCAACGGCAGGGUCUUCACGGUGCAGGUGCAGGGGCUGCUGGAGCUGCAGGCUGGACAAUACGCCUCCGUCUUCGUGGACAAUGGCUCUGGGGCAGCUCUCACCGUCCAGAGCAGCUCUAGCUUCUCUGGCCUGCUCCUGGGCAUGUGAGAGCACCGGCCAGGGCUGGGAGAAGCUGCCGUCAAAGAGGACUCGCUGAGGCUGUGGAGGGGCUGCCCAGCCCACCCCCCACUGCCCUCUGUUAUCCGUGGUCACGGCAAUAAAGCACCCCGAGCCCUCUCUGUCACUUGGUCACUGUGUCAUCGUCGUGGAGGUGGAGGUGAGGGCAGGGCCAGAAGUGCAGCCAUGGAGGGAUGUGUGGCCUUAGGACUCACUCCUUGGGCUGGGGCGGGGGCAGGCCAGUGGGCUUUGCUCUGGACGUGGAGGUUUCAGCCAAGCGUCCUGGCAGCGCCGGGUGCAGCCCCACAGCCCCUGUGCCUGCUGAGUACAAGGGCAGGUGUCCAUCCUGGUCCCUGCUUGGCUCUGCCCACGGCCUGGGACUGCCCCUCUGCUCACCCAGGGCCAGUCCAGCCUUGGAGGCAGCAGCCUUUGGCCCCCUGCAGGGCCAGGGGCCCAGACCCAUUCAGUCUGGGGAACUAGAAGACUCGGAGGUUGGUGAGCGGGACAGUGGCCUGAUGCCGUGUGCUGUGCGUGUCUGGGGCACAGAGGACGAGGUGGGGAGCCCUCAGGAGGGCCUCACCUGCAGGGUAGGUGCGGGGAACAGACGUGGGCGAGCCACACACAGGACUGCAUGUGAACUGGAGAGUGUCCCUGCUGCCCAGGUGCGCUGAGGCACACGUUUCCUGUGGGGCUGAGCGAAGGUUGUCCAGGCCUAGGCCGGCAAGCACCUCACUCUCGCCACUUUCCCCUUGGCUGCUGCCCCACCAGGCGGUGUAAACAACUCACCCCAAAGACGGGGUCAGACCUGUGGAUUCAGGGCCCCCUUCCCCCACUCCAUUUUGGCUCCGGCAAACCCAGACCAAAGAAUGUAAAUUGGUCCUGGGCUGUCCGGGCCUCUGCAGAGCCACUGAGAUACCAUCUCUGGUUGGCACCUGGGCCCUCAGCAGGUGGCCCCAGCUGGAUCCCCGGCCCCUGACCUCUCUGCAGACGCACAGGGGUUGGGUGUGGCUCAGCUCCGCAGCAGCAGGGCCUGGAGACCCUGCUUCCAGGGCUGAGCAGGGCAGGGUCUCCAUCCUGCAGGUGGGGUCUG